AUGAUUAGAAGACAAACUAGACUUCGUCGAGAGUAUCUUUAUCGAAAGGCUUCCGAGUCCAAGGACAAUCUCAUUUACGAGCGAAAGCAGCAAUUGAAGCAGGCAAUUGAAGAUGGAAAACCAAUCCCAGGAGAUAUCAGAAACGAUGCCGAGGAGUUGAGAAAGGAUUUGGUAUUUGAUGAAAAUCAAACAGCACCAACAAAUCAUAUUGAUGACGAAUAUGCACGAGCAGGUGAAGUUGAUCCAAAAGUAUUACUGACCACAUCUCGUGACCCAAGCAGUCGGUUAACCAUGUUUUCCAAAGAAUUGAAACUCAUGUUUCCCAACUCUCAGCGAAUGAAUCGUGGUAACUACAUUAUUGAAGAUAUUGUUGACGCUUGUCGUAAAAGUGAUGCCACAGAUCUCAUUAUUCUACACGAGCAUCGUGGUCAACCAGAUGGCAUGGUCAUUUCACACUUUCCAUAUGGACCUACAGCAUAUUUUACAUUGCACAAUGUGGUACUGCGACACGAUAUUCCAGACCGUGGAACUGUAUCUGAGCAAUUUCCUCAUUUGAUAUUUGAAAAUUUCAACUCCAAGCUUGGACAGCGAGUGCAAAACAUCUUAAAGUAUCUGUUUCCUGUUCCAAAGGAAGAUAGCAAGCGUGUCAUGACAUUUGCAAAUAGUAGUGAUUAUAUUUCAUACCGCCAUCAUGUCUUUUACAAGGUGGAUGGCGAGAUUCAGCUAGCCGAAGUUGGACCUCGUUUUGAAAUGCGCUUAUACGAAAUCAAACAAGGAACUGUAGAUAUCAAGGAAGCUGACACGGAAUGGGUAUUCAGACCGUACCAACGUACUGCUAAGAAACGAGAUGUGUUGUAGUCUGAUUAUCCACCAAAUAAAAAUUCGAGGUCAUUAUUCC